GGCAAUUGGCGAGGUGGAGAUUGACGAACGAGAUCGGAAGGAUUACUUCUCGCCGUCGACGGGGCUUUUUGCGGAUUACUGUGCUAGUAUCAUUACGCGGUAUGGGCUGGAUACACCUGGUAUGAUUCUCCAACAUGAGAUUGACGAUAUCCGGUAUGAUUUCCAUGAGGAGAUGUCGCCUGGCGAGAAGAUUUUUACUGUGACUGCCAGCGACGGGACGAGGUUCUACACUCGGGCUGUGGUGUUGGCUAUCGGGCCGGGCAAGACGAAGGUCUACCCGUUUGAACUGUCUGCGGAGGAGCAGAUGGGUGCUUGUCAUAGCAGCGAGAUCCGGACAUUUCCUAGUCCCAAUGUGAAGAGGAAAAUACAGCAGAGACAGGAGACGAAUGUCGUCGUCGUCGGGGGAGGGCUGUCGUCUGCACAGAUUGUCGACAUGGCUGUUCGAAAGGGUGUCACCAAGGUGUGGUUUCUCAUGAGGUCAGAUUUCAAGGUGAAACACUUUGACAUCAGUCUGCCUUGGAUGGGCAAGUUCCGGAACUUCGAGAAAGCAGCAUUCUGGGGCGCAGACACCGACGAAGAACGUCUCGAGAUGAUCAAAAUAGCCCGCAACGGCGGCAGCAUCACGCCCCGCUACCAGAAAAUCGUAAAGCACCACGCAGCCCGCAACCGAGUAUCCAUCCACACGCGCACCGUCAUUUGCAGCAAGGAGUACUGCCCCUCGUCUCAGACAUGGCGUCUCACCACAGACCCUCCCAUUCCGGACCUACCCCCAAUCGACUACAUCUACUGCGCGACAGGCAUGAAGUGUGAUGUCCAGGAGCUCCCGCUCUUGAAGCAAAUACACCGCGACUACCCUAUCGAGACUAAGCAAGGUCUUCCGUGUAUCACGGAUGAUCUCAUGUGGCGCGCUGAUGUGCCUCUGUUCGUGACAGGCAGGCUGGCUUCGCUGCGUCUCGGCCCCGGGGCGCCGAACCUUGAAGGUGCACGGCUGGGGGCUGAAAGGGUUGCGUGGGCUAUGGAGGAGGUGCUGGGUAGGAAGGAGGCGGAGGAUGAUGAGCGUGUCAGUCUAAUCAUGCUGACACCAAACGGAAGCCGUGAGGACGGCCUCCUAAGUCCUCAGGCUAAUAUGCAAGACAGACAGCGACAGUCUCUUUCUUCUCAGUCAUCAGAACAGCCAUCUUUGUCGCUGGAGAUUCCAUCAACAUCAUAUUCAAAUCGGUUGAUGGUCCAAAAUGAUCACCCUCGAACGCCGAGUUCGAUUGACGGGGACACACUACGUCCACGAUCAGAAUCAUUCGCUUCAAACGCAGACACUAUCGCACGGUCCCGGGCAAACUCGGACAUCACCAUAUCGAAAGAAGCCUACGAUGAUGUACCACUGUCCGAGGCCCUGACUCCGGAUCCGCGAAAUGAGCAGGACUUUCGAGUCGAGCACAACAAGUUUGCCUUCUCACCGGGUCAGCUCAACAAGAUGCUCAAUCCCAAGUCGCUUGCUGCGUUUCAGGCGCUCGGGGGACUGCGCGGGCUGGAAAGAGGUCUGCGGACGGAUUUGACGUCUGGGUUAUCGGAGGACGAGACCCUCUUGGACGGCACGGUCGAGUUUCAGGAAGCCACUUCUAGCGACCAGAAAUUCUCGAAGCGAAAUCCACACGAUGCGCCGACGGCAGCAACAGCAGCAGCAGCGUCAAGCGGCGAGUCAAGAUUCCAGGAUCGUAUUCGCGUCUUCAGCCAGAACAGGUUACCUGCGCGGAAAUCGACGGGUUUACUGAAGCUUCUGUGGCUCGCUUACAAUGACAAGAUUAUCAUUCUGCUUACAAUAGCCGCUAUUGUCUCGCUGUCCUUGGGUAUCUACGAAACAGUCGAUGCUGGGCAUGGGGUGGACUGGAUCGAAGGUGUUGCCAUCUGCGUGGCUAUCCUGAUCGUAACUGUUGUGACUGCCGCGAAUGACUGGCAAAAGGAGAGACAGUUUGCCAAGUUGAACAAGAGGAAUAGCGAUCGGGAAGUCAAGGCUGUUCGCUCCGGCAAAGUAGCUAUGAUCUCGAUCUUCGAUAUCACGGUCGGUGAUGUGCUCCACGUGGAACCCGGCGACUCUGUUCCUGCAGAUGGUAUUCUCAUCUCUGGACACGGAAUAAAAUGCGACGAGUCCUCCGCCACUGGAGAAUCGGACCAAAUGAAGAAGACCAAUGGACACGACGUCUGGCAGCGCAUUGUCAACGGAACCGCCACGAAGAAACUCGACCCUUUCAUGAUCUCGGGUAGUAAAGUUCUUGAAGGAGUCGGGACUUACCUUGUGACCAGUGUUGGACCAUAUUCUUCUUAUGGCCGUAUCUUGCUCUCACUGCAAGAGUCGAACGAUCCUACUCCUCUUCAGGUGAAGCUGGGAAGACUUGCCAACUGGAUCGGAUGGCUUGGCUCUAGCGCUGCGAUCAUCUUGUUCUUCGCCUUGUUCUUCAGAUUCGUUGCCGACCUGCCGGAUAACCCUGCCAGUCCUGCGGUCAAAGGCAAGGAGUUUGUCGAUAUUCUUAUCGUUGCGGUCACGGUCAUCGUUGUGGCGAUUCCCGAGGGCCUUCCCCUGGCUGUAACGCUAGCUCUUGCGUUUGCCACAACACGAAUGGUCAAGGAAAACAAUCUCGUCCGUGUCCUUCGUGCCUGCGAGACCAUGGGCAAUGCCACUGUUAUCUGCUCCGACAAGACCGGGACUCUGACACAAAACAAGAUGACUGUCGUCGCUGGGACCUUUGGAACCGAAAAGAGCUUCAGUCAGGACAGAACGGAGAAUGUUGACCCGUCGGACGACUCGACGACCGUGGCCGGGAUCUUCAAGCAAUGCUCAACUGCAGUACGCGACCUGAUCAUCAAGAGCGUUGCUUUGAAUUCCACCGCGUUUGAGGAAAAUAAGGAAGGGUCCAGAGAUUUUAUCGGAAGUAAGACCGAAGUGGCAUUGCUGCAAAUGGCCAGAGACUAUCUCGGCAUGGAUGUGACUACUGAACGUGCCUCUGCGGAAAUUGUUCAGCUGAUCCCCUUUGACUCCUCCCGCAAAUGUAUGGGUGUUGUCUACCGUGAGCCAGCGGCAGGCUAUCGUCUUCUGGUCAAAGGUGCCGCCGAGAUCAUGGUUGGCGCAUGCUCCUCGAGGGUCUCCGAUCUCAGUGCGUCUUCGGAUGGUGUCACGAUCGACUCAUUCACCGAGAAGGGCCGCAUGAAGAUGCUUAAUACGAUCGAGUCUUAUGCAGUGAACUCCCUACGCACCAUCGGUCUGGUGUACCGGGACUUCCCAAGCUGGCCUCCAAAGGAUGCUCAACGCUUGGAAGACGACUCAUCUGCAGCAAAGUUCGAAGAUGUCUUCCGCGAUAUGGCUUGGCUUGGUGUCGUGGGUAUCCAGGACCCCCUCAGACCCGAGGUCCCCGCUGCGAUUCAAAAAUGCCAUACUGCAGGUGUACAGGUGAAGAUGGUCACUGGUGACAACAUCGCAACGGCCACCGCCAUCGCCACAUCCUGCGGAAUCAAGACAGAGGAUGGCAUUGUCAUGGAGGGUCCCAAAUUCCGUCAGCUGUCAGACCACGAGAUGGACGAGGUCAUUCCCCGCCUGCAAGUUCUGGCCCGUUCCUCGCCCGAAGACAAACGGAUCUUGGUGGCACGGCUCAAGAAGCUGGGCGAAACCGUCGCUGUCACCGGCGACGGCACUAAUGACGGGCCAGCUCUGAAGACAGCUGAUGUCGGUUUUUCAAUGGGCAUUGCAGGCACGGAGGUUGCUAAGGAGGCCAGCUCCAUUAUCCUCCUCGAUGACAACUUCAAGUCUAUCGUUACGGCAAUCGCCUGGGGCAGAGCCGUCAAUGACGCAGUGUCAAAGUUCCUCCAAUUCCAGAUCACAGUCAACAUUACUGCUGUCGUCCUGACCUUUGUCUCGUCCCUCUACAGCAGUGACAAUACGAGUGUCCUGAGUGCGGUUCAGCUGCUCUGGGUCAAUCUGAUCAUGGACACCUUUGCCGCCCUUGCACUUGCAACUGACGCCCCGACAGAAAAGAUUCUCGACCGCAAGCCCGUCCCCAAGAGUGCGUCGCUUUUCACUGUGAUCAUGUGGAAGAUGAUCAUCGGGCAGGCCAUCUACCAGCUUGCCGUCACCUUUAUGCUCUACUUCGCUGGCGAGAAGAUUCUGGGGAGCCGUCUCGGCACCGACAAUCCUCAGUUAAAGCUCGACACUAUCGUUUUCAACACUUUUGUCUGGAUGCAGAUUUUCAAUGAAUUCAACAACCGAAGACUUGACAACAAGCUGAAUAUCUUCGAAGGCAUGUUCCGGAACUACUGGUUUCUCGGCAUCAACUGCAUCAUGGUCGCCGGUCAAGUAAUGAUCAUCUACGUCGGAGGUGCAGCCUUUGGUGUGACUCGCCUGGAUGGUCUUCAAUGGGGUGUCUGCAUCAUCUGUGCUGUUGCUUGUCUGCCAUGGGCAGUGGUCUUGCGAUUGAUACCCGACCGGCCGGUCGAGAUAGCCAUCAACUUCGUCGUCCGAGUUGUGGGCACCGUCUUCCGGCCGAUUAGCAAAGCCUUCAGCGUCAUUUCGAGGAUAUUUUCGUCUAUGAUGCGACCUGUUAAGCGCUUCAGCCGUCGUGUUCUACGUCGGAACGCAGAAGAGGACAACUCCAGGCCGGACGAGGAGGAAGCGCCCUUGACGGACUUGGAGCAGCAGCAUACGUCCAAGGCACCUGCAACACCGGUAGUUGUGCCUCCCAUUACGAUUACGAGCUCUUCAUGA